UUCGGCUCGCGAAAAUCCUACGCAUACCACGUAACCUGCCGCGCACCCGGCACCAUACAGCCAGUAAGCUCCGACCGCCGACGACGGUAUUGUGUUAUUCCCAAUCGGAGCGUCCGUUAUAAUUUGUAUUUGUUAUUAUUAUUAUAAAUCUAAAGGUUUUACGCCUCUUUUAGGCGUUGUCACUUGAGUUUUUCGUUGUUCUAUCGACUGUUUGAAUAUUUUCCCUACUAGCAUUGGCUACAUUAUUUUUUUCCACUAUCGGUAAAUAAUCAGUUAGCAGUGCCGUUUUUAAAAAUCGUUCGAACAUGAAACGCCCGCGACGAGAGUGACUCGGCACGGCAGGGCGUCUCGCGAUUGUGUAAAUGGUGUUAGCGUUCAGGGUACUGUGAUAUGUUUGCGGUUGACACGUGGACGACGUCGGAGGAGGUGGCUUGCCUGGGCCAGCAUGAGCAUGAGAUGCGGGCUACAGACACUGCUUGAGGCCGCCCGAUUUGUCGAAUUGCAAGAGGAGUUCGAGAAACAACAGUUGGUCACUUUACACGCAGCUGAGGAACCUUUGUCUACCGACAAAGAUGCCGGUUACCAUCCUACCUCGGUGACGCUUCCUAGCUCAGAUUUACCGGCUUCGUUGAACCACAUCGAACCACCGUCUACACCCCCUCAGCAGCAGCAGCAGCAGCAACAGUUACAUCAACAACUUCACCGGCAACAAUUACAGCCCAAACAGCAAACCGCUGCCGUGGUUACCGCUGCCGUCCUACCGCAGCUGCAACAGCAGCACGUCGUCCAUCACGUGUACAAGCCUCCCGUCGUCAAUAACGCACCCAAUGCACUUAUUACUGCCGUAUCAACCAGUUCAGUUGUAACAGCAGCAGCAGCCCCUAAUUCAGACGACAAUGUCGCCGCGUUAUCUUUGGCCCAAGAACUCAAACGCCGGACUGGAUCCGGCACAAGGGAGGUGCACAACAAAUUGGAGAAAAACCGACGUGCACAUCUUAAAGAAUGUUUCGAGCUGCUCAAGAAACAAGUGCCGGCAUCUCAGGACGAGAAAAAGACUUCAAACCUGAGUAUACUCAGGAGCGCCAUCCGGUAUAUUCAGGUUUUGAGACGAAGAGAAAGGGAGCUAGAACAUGAAAUGGAAAGACUGGCCAGGGAGAAAAUUUGGGCCCAACAAAGGCACGCUUCUCUAAAGAAAGAAUUGGCUGCUAAAUGGGAUCACAUUGAUUUUAGUAAACUGAUUCCAGAAUUACCACCUGAUGUAGCAACUAGAAAAACUACUAUUGCUACCAGUAUAAAUGGAGACUUUGAAACAGAAAGAGAAGCUAGUAUGGCUACCAGUGAUGCAGAUGAUAGCAAACUCAGUGCCCUAUACAGUAGUACCUCAUCUCUCUCUAGUUCCUCUCCACCCACCUUGCCACUUGUCUCUGAAACAACUCCUCAUCAGGUUCAAGUUGUGAGCACAUCACCAAUGAUGGGAAGUACCAUUCACAUAGUUCCUCAGACCAGAAACUCGUCUUCAUUACCCAACAAUAUACAGCAGCAAACUCUCACAUUCGUUCAUCAUAAAGAUGCUCUUAAUCAACAUGAAGGUACCACUCAAGCAGUACUUACUAAAGUAUCAAAUGGUUCUUUCACAUUGUAUGGUGACCCAAAGAUUGCAACCAAUCGUUCUAAAAUGUCUAUUGCAGGCAUAAAGAUUAGUCCUAGUGUGAUCGAUCAUUCCAACAAUGCAGCUCCUGCUCCUAUUAGACUGUUGCAAAAUAAUAUAUUAGCAAACCAAGCUUCAGUUGUAAAUAGAGGACAAACAACUCCAAAUCAUGUUAUAACCCGACCAUUACUUUUAACUCAUCAUCAUACUAAUUCUUCUCCAGCUCAUCUAGUACUAUCCACAUCUUCUUCUAAGGCAGUAACAAUUCCAAAUCAAUCAAUACCUCCACUGUCCAAUGGUCAUCUUUUAGUCAAGCCGGGUGCGAUGGUAGUAAUGAACAACCCACAACCUAAAUCGCACCAUUCAGGCCAUAAAGCAUAGCACUUAUUGAUCUUUAUAUUAAAUUAUUGUACAAUAAUACUAAUUUUUGGGGGUUUUUGGUAAUAACAGCGUAUAAAAUAGUUUUAAUAACAGUAAAAAAAAAAAAAAAAAAAAA